GAAGCACAUCUGGACAGCUGUGCUGAGAAGCUGUGCGGCCCCCUUGCGGGCCGACGUCAGCCGAGCACGUCCCCCACGUCCUCUCCUUCUCGCCACUUAUUAUUUAUUCGUUUUCCCAAAGAAGCAACCCAAGUUUAAAACUUUUUCCAUCCCUAAUGCGAGACGUGGCCAGAUCCCAUCCAACACACGGUUCAAUUUUCAUGGGGCUCUGGGAUCAAAAGAACAGAAACAGCAACAACAAAAGCCUAGCCGCUGUCUGACUUUAAACUGGCAAAGUGGGAAAAAUAAAGCGUUGAGUAAACAGACCAAGUUGGAAACUUUUCAGCAUUACCUAAGAAACAAAGGCUCAAUUUUGGCUGCUUCAUUCUUAUCCCUUCUGCCACAGUUCUAACGUGCUUGAUCUACUGAGACCGAGGAUGAUCAAUGACUCAGAAGGCAAAAUGGGAUUUAAACACCCAAAGAUCAUGGGGAAUUUCAGAGGUCAUGCCCUCCCUGGAACCUUCUUUUUUAUUAUGGGUCUUUGGUGGUGUACAAUGAGUACUCUGAAGUAUAUCUUCAAAAAGCAAAAGCGAACCUGCUACCUUGGUUCCAAAACAUUAUUCUGUCGAUUGGAAAUUUUGGAGGGAAUUACAAUAGUUGGCAUGGCUUUAACUGGCAUGGCUGGGGAGCAGUUUGUUCCUGGAGGGCCCAAUCUGAUGUUAUAUGACUAUAAACAGGGCCACUGGAACCAACUCCUAGGCUGGCAUCAUUUCACCAUGUAUUUCUUCUUUGGGCUGUUUGGUGUGGCAAACAUAUUAUGUUUCACCAUCAGUUCACUUCCUGUUUCCUUAACCAAGUUAGUGUUGUCAAAUGCCUUAUUUGUGGAGGCUUUUAUCUUCUACAACCACACUCAUGGCCGGGAAAUACUGGACAUCUUUGUGCACCAGCUGCUGGUUUUGGUCAUCUUUCUGACAGGCCUCGUUGCCUUUCUAGAGUUCCUUGUUCGGAACAAUGUACUUCUAGAGCUACUGCGGUCAAGCCUCAUUCUGCUUCAGGGGAGCUGGUUCUUUCAGAUUGGAUUUGUCCUGUAUCCCCCCAGUGGAGGUCCUGCAUGGGAUCUGGUGGAUCAUGAAAAUAUUUUGUUUCUUACCAUAUGCUUUUGUUGGCAUUAUGCAAUAACCAUUGUCAUCGUUGGAAUGAAUUAUGCUUUCAUCACCUGGUUGGUUAAAUCUAGACUUAAGAGGCUCUGCUCCUCAGAAGUUGGACUUCUGAAAAAUGCUGAACGAGAACAAGAAUCAGAAGAAGAAAUGUGACUUUGAUGAGCUUCCAGUUUUUCUAGAGAAACCUUUUCUUUUUUUACAUUGUCUUUGUUCUUGGUUUUGCUUCUUGAUCUUUUAGUUGGAGAACAGCUGGCUAAGGAUGACUCUCAGUGUACUGUUUGUAUUUCCAAUUUGAUUGAAGUAUUUGAAUUUAAAUAUUUUAUUUUUAGCUUUGAAAAUGUUUUGGGUGAUACUUUCAUUUUGCACAUCAUGCAUAUCAUGGUAUUCAGGGGCUAGAGUGACUUUUUUCCAGAUUAUCUAAAGUUGGAUGCCCACACUACGAAAAAAAAAAAUUUUGUUUUAUUUGCCUUAUAGAUAUGCUCAAGGUUACUGAGCUUACUACUAUUUGUAACUCCUUGACCAUGGAAUUACACUUGUUUAUCUUGUUGCUGCAAUGAGAAAUAAAUGAAUGUACGUAUUUUGGUGCAGACACCUGAAA